CUACCCGUUGAUGGUCUGUGAACGCUACCAAAGAAAAAGUUUAGUUUAUUCUUGUUAACCUCACUUACUUUAAACAAAAAUAGUGAAUUAAAUUAAAUUAUUAUUAAUGUGUACGUUAUAACUUCGAAGUUCUGUUUAACAUGUCUCGGUGCAUAUGUAUGAUGUCCGACUUCUUCUACCCCAAUAUGGGCGGUGUCGAAGAGCACAUAUUCAAUUUAUCGCAGUGCUUAAUUGCGAAUGGCAAUAAAGUUAUUGUGGUGACCCACAGUUAUGGAAAUCGUGUCGGUGUUAGGUAUAUGACGAACGGUUUGAAAGUUUAUUACCUAUCCAUUAAAGUUUUGUAUAACCAAUGCGUUCUGCCGACCAUUAUGUGCAAUAUUCCGCUAAUACGGUAUAUAUUUAUUCGGGAGAGUGUGGACAUUGUCCACUGUCACUCUGCUUUCUCUGCUUUGGCUCAUGAAGGGCUUAUAAUUGGCAAUAUGAUGGGUUUAAAGACUGUCUUUACCGAUCAUAGCUUAUUUGGUUUUGCUGAUGCUAGUGCCGUGAUUACAAAUAAGCUGCUGGAAAUCUCACUGUCGGGGUGUAACCAUUGCAUUUGUGUAUCGUAUACGGGAAAAGAAAAUACUGUUCUGAGAGCGAGAGUCAAUAAAGAGCGGGUAUCUGUGAUUCCAAACUCGGUGGACACAUACAUGUUUAGCCCAAUACCUGAAUUACGUUCCACGGACUGUAUAACGGUUGUGAUCGUAUCAAGAUUAGUUUAUAGGAAGGGAGUGGACUUAAUGGCACAGGUUAUUUCAGAAAUAUGUGAUAAUUAUUCAGAUGUUAACUUCUUAAUUGGAGGCGAUGGGCCUAAAAGAUGGUUGUUAGAAGAAAUUCGAGAAAGGAAAGGUUUACAGCAUAGAAUUACUUUGUUAGGUACAUUGGAGCAUUCUCAAGUGAAGUAUGUUUUAAAUCAGGGACAAAUUUUUCUAAACACUUCGUUAACAGAGGCUUAUUGUAUGGCCAUUGUUGAGGCUGCAUCAUGUGGUUUACUAGUGGUGUCGACAAAGGUAGGCGGGAUACCUGAAGUGUUACCUGAAAACUUAAUUUAUUUAACAGAACCGAACGUACCUGAGCUGACUAGGGGUUUAGAAACUGCAAUACAAGACUACAGAGAUGGUAAAAAUAUUUGCCCUUACAAACUGAAUAAUACGAUACGCCACUUGUAUAAUUGGGAGAAUGUUACGGCGAGAACUGAAAUAGUUUACGACCAUAUUUCCGUUGAGAAAAUGCGCACAUUAAAAGAAAAAUUUUCAAGUUACUUGUCUAGCGGUGUGUGGCCUUUUCUUGUAAUGGUGGCAUUUUGUCAUCUUUUCCUGAUAUUUUUAGAUAUAUUCAUACCUCAAAGGAAUAUUGACAUUUGUAAACCAUUUCCUUACAAAAACUUUGAAAACUGUAGGAAAGGUCGAAGGGAAAUUACAUAGGUAAAUAGUCAUUAUGUUAAUGUAUUUGUACUCAACAAAAUAGUAUUGCAUUUGCCUUAAUAAAUAUUUAAAUAAAUUAAUAUUAAGCUCUAGAUAAGCAAAAUAAAUAUUUUUUCAUUACAUUAUUUAGAUUCAUUGUACUUUUUCGAUAUACAAGUUCUCUUAAAAUAGUAUCUUAGGUACAUAGGACUACCUAUAACAAGAGUAAACGGAGUAUCUAUCAUUAGUUAAAAAACAAUGCGACGUAUAAAGCACCUAACAUUAACUUGUAGAAAAACCACAAUAAAUAGAAUAUAUAAUACAUUCUACUUAUAAAAUC